CCGCAGCUUCCUGCCGCCCUUUCCUGUCACUUGAGAAUUCACGCAGCAAAAGACUUUAUUAUUUUUCUCUAUGUUCUAAGAUUUUUUUCUGACUUCUGCUCUCGGCUUUUUCUUGACAAGUGGGCCGAUGAAGCUAACAAGCUGAAGAUGAGAAGCUCAGGACCUGCCUUGCUCAGGACUCUCGAAAAGGCAAUUGUGAUCUUUCCUCUCCACUAGCUGGUCACCAUGGUAAAAAACUCAGAACUUUUGUUGCCUCUGUUUCCUAUGCUAAGCAUUUUCAACCAAAUUUUUAGCAUACAAAUGCUCGUCGAAUGUACGAUAAAUUGAAUAGAAGAAUAUUUUCAUGCAGUCCGAAAUAUGUGACGAUAAACCAAGGUAUCUUUACACAAUUAUUAUUGCAUAUAAACGGCAUAUACACCGGGCAGACUGCAGAAACGCAGAACUAUUUGAAGAUUCUUAGGUGUUCUUCUCAAUAAAGUCUUCAAAGUUUUUCAUCGUGUCUCAUUACUUACGAUUUUUCCUUCACGCGGAGUGACCGGCGGGAGGGGAUCUCUCAUCAUUACUUUGAUGAAAACUAACCGUCUUUGCCUACGAUGAGUUCCGGGGCAAUGGAAGCUGUCAAUCCAUCAUCGAUCGGAUGCGCUGACUUCCUUGCCUUCCAGGAGGUUUUAAAGAAGUCUCGAAUAAUAGAUGACAAGAUAAUUUAUGCACUUAACCAGUCAUUACCAACAAAGUCAUUUGAGGGCCAAGUCGAUGCUUCACAAACGUGCAAAGAUCUUUACUCUAAGCUGAAGGAGAGCUACCUGUGCCGGGAGUCUGCGCUGCAGCGCUGCGUGGCAGAGACGGCCGGCCGCGUCGACCAGUUGCGGGCCCAGCGCGAGACCAACGAGGAGAGCAGGGACAACGCCGACCUGCUGAGAGACCUCCGCCGCGAGCAGUCCAAGCUGCGGCUAUACCGUUCCGAGCUUCACGUGGAGGAGGUGGUGCGCGACCGGAGCCGAACCAUCGUCCGGGAGCGCUGCCGGCUCUUUUACACCCCCGACGCCGCCGAUGACCUGCUUAAACAAUGACCCCGGCCGGGCCGGUAGCCGCGGCGCGGACGGCCGGCUUCUAGAGAGGGGAGUGCGCGCAGCAGGGGUGCUCUGGACCAACCGACGGCUUGUGAUGGCAGGUGAACGUGUGCUCAGUGAUGGACGGAGUCGGAGCGGGCUAACCGAGUCAGGGCAUGUCGAAUCGCAGUGUGAAUGUGUCCAUUUUUGCAAUACAGUAGCGUGAAUUGAU